UCAAACCAUCUUCUUUGCUCAACUCCACCAAGACCUUCAACUCUCUCAUCAGCCAUCUCUCGUCUCAUGGAGCCCACCACCAAGUCCUCUCCACAUUCUCCUCCAUGCUCGCCAACAGAUUCCUCCCAGACGCCUUCACUUUCCCUAGUCUCCUCAAAGCCUGCGCUUCCCUUCACCUCCUCUCCUUCGGUCUAUCGCUUCACCAGCAAGUUCUCGUCAAUGGGUUCUCUUCAGAUUCAUACACCUCGUCUUCUCUCGUCAAUCUAUACGCAAAGUUUGGACUUUUAGUUCAUGCACGGAAGGUGUUCGAUGAAAUGCAUGAGAGAGAUGUGGUGCACUGGACCGCGAUGAUCGGGUGUUACUCACGCGCCGGGUUUGUUGGAGAAGCGUUCUCUUUGGUUAACGAGAUGAGAUGUCAUGGGAUUAAACCGGGUCCGGUUACCUUGCUGGAAAUGCUGAGUGGUGUAAAGGAGAUUACGGAGUUGCAGUGUUUACAUGCGUUUGCUAUAGUUCAUGGGUUUGAUUGUGAUGUAACUGUGACAAACUCUAUGUUGAAUCUGUACUGUAAGUGCGAUUGUGUGGGAGAUGCUAAGGUUUUGUUUGACCAGAUGGAGAGACGAGACAUGGUUUCAUGGAACACAAUGGUUUCAGGAUUUGCUUUUGUUGGUGGAAUGUCUGAAAUCUUGAAGAUUUUGUACAGAAUGAGAGAUGUUGGUUUAAGACCUGAUCAUCAGACGUUUGGAGCCUCACUUUCCGUUAGUGGAACAAUGUGUGAUCUUUACUUAGGGAGAAUGUUACACUGCCAAAUCGUGAAGACUGGAUUCGAUGUAGACAUGCAUCUCAGGACGGCGUUGAUGACAAUGUACCUAAAGUGUGGGGAGGAGGAAGCUUCGUUUCGAGUUCUCGGUAUGAUUCCUGAAAAGGAUGUUGUUUGCUGGACGGUUAUGAUAUCAGGGCUUGUGCGAUUGGGUAAAGCCGAAAAGGCUAUGAAUGUUUUUGGUGAAAUGUUACAUUCAGGAACAGGGUUAUCGAGUGAAGCAAUAGCUAGUGUUGUAGCAGCUUGUGCUCAAUUGGGUUCUCUUGAUCUUGGCGCUUCAGUCCAUGGUUAUGCACUCAGACAAGGAUAUAAAUUAGACACGCUUGCGUUGAACUCGCUUAUCACAAUGUAUGCCAAGUGCGAUCGUUUGGACAAAAGCUUAGCUCUUUUUGAACAGAUGAAUGAACGAGACUUAGUUUCUUGGAAUGCGAUUAUCUCUGGACAUGCCCAAAACGGAGAUUUGGGCAAUGCCUUGUUUCUGUUUAAAGAAAUGAAGUUCAAAACCGCGCAUAGAGUUGAUUCGUUGACGGCUGUUUCCCUUCUCCAAGCCUGUUCAUCUGCCGGAGCUCUCCGGGUAGGGAGACUGAUCCAUUGUGUUGUAAUCCGAAGCUUUAUCAGGACCUGUACAUUGGUUGAUACCGCUCUACUUGAUAUGUAUUUGAAAUGUGGCUGCUUAGAAGUUGCAAAGAGGUGUUUUGAUUCGAUCUCGCGGAAAGAUUGUGUUUCUUGGGGCGCACUCAUUGCAGGGUAUGGUUUUCAUGGUAAAGGGGAGACUGCUUUGGAAGUUUACUCAGAGUUUCUUCGAUCUGGAAUGGAGCCGAAUCAUUUGAUUUUCCUAGCGGUUCUCUCAUCCUGCAGCCAUAAUGGAAUGGUUCAGCAUGGCUUGGAGAUAUUCAGUUCAAUGGUACGAGACUUUGGUGUUGAACCGAAUCACGAACACCUUGCUUGCGUGGUUGAUCUUCUAUGUAGAGCUAAAAGAGUAGAAGAGGCGUUCAAGUUCUACAAAGACAAGUUUACAAAACCAUCGAUCGAUGUCUUGGGUAUAAUACUUGAUGCUUGUCGUGCAAAUGGAGAAACAGAGGUCGAAGUUGUAGUUUGUCGGGAUAUGAUUGAGUUGAAGCCAGUAGACGCUGGACACUAUGUCAGGCUUGCACAUUCUUUUGCCACCAUGAAGAGAUGGGAGGACGUGAGUGAGUCGUGGAAGCAGAUGAAGUCUCUCGGCUUGAAAAAGCUCCCGGGAUGGAGCAAAAUCGAGAUGAAUGGGAGAACCACAACGUUCUUCAUGAAUCAUACUUCACAUUCAGAUGAGACAGCGUCUGUGUUGAAACUUCUUAGCAAGGAAAUGAAGCAAAUCAAAUAACGC